AACAGAGGAACAAAAUUUUUCUGUGCCUAAGUUCAGGCAAAUAGACAAUGUCGAAUACUUAAAAUUUCACAUCGAAAUUCAACGUUUCUACAAAAUUAACAAAAUUAUGAGUGAAUGAAGGAUGCGUUCGAGGCUUGCGAAUACGAAGCUCCAGGGGAAAUUAUCACUUAAAAAAUCAUGUCUACAACGACGAAAAAUAUUUGUUUUCCUGCAAAGGUUAUCGGCCUUGAAUCGAAGAAGGAUGCAGGUAACUUGGUAGCAGUUUGCAGCAAAAUGAAAAAACAACCAAAGUCUGCUCCUCCUGCGGCCCGUGGCCUUGAACGUCGAGCAACCACCGAUCCCACCUGCUGUCCACGGUACCCACCGGGAACUACGCUCCUCGAGUGUCGUUUCGAAGGUGACGAACCCGUGGCGCACGUUGUUCAGGUAGCCUGUAAUGGGAAAACAGCCAGCCAGAAGACGUGUCUUCUCGUUGAGACUAAACAGUCAUCUUCGGGACCAUAUUCAAGGGUAAUAUCUCGGCCCAUAGAGUACCCAGAAGAGCCCAAUCAAUGCAAUGGAUCACCUCAACCUCGAACAGCUUUUCGCCUAGAAUCUCGCGAAUGCCACAAAGGACCAUUAGCAACGAUCACCAAAGUACCCGUAGCAGACUGCACCGGUGAUUUCAAAGAAAUCAUGACAUUUGAGACCAGCAAAGGCGAGUGCCAAGCCGAUGGACCCGCUUCGAGGAUCCUCUACGGACCAACGACCGGAGGAUCCAACUGCGCUGAAAGUCCUCGCAAUUUACCAACUAGCAUAAUCGAGUGUAGAUCUACGGCGAAAAAGACUUUAGCGAGGAUCAGUCGCUGCCCGGACGUUUCUUCUCACAAGCCUGGCGAUUCGACAUCCGGCCUACACGAUACCGUCGAGACUAGGAUCGACACAAAUGGUCCAAAAGCAUAUGCGAUCAAUUUCUCAGAGGAUAUGGAAGGAUCCUCUGCUAAGGAGGAGGUUGAAUUAACUUCAAAUGGUCAAUGCCCGAACAAUUAUCAGCAACCUAAAAGAAAAAGAUCCGAAACGUUGAAGUGUUCAACGAUUCGUCCAGCAUCCACAAAAUUAGAACCUCCAACGAAACGUCGGAAUGGCUUGGACUCUGUCGAUAAUCUUCCUGUAAGUCUCUUCAAUAGAAUGCCUCGAAGCGGGGACUGUCCUCAUCACAAAUCGGGGUCAAGCUCGGUGGAACGUGGUGAACGAGAUGCAAGCGAAUCUUCUAAAUUGUUCAAGUGUGUCCUCGUACCUUCCAGCGUCACGGAGAAACUUCUAAGAGAAACCGAGAAACUGUCGGAAGAUCGGACGAGACCGAAAGUGCCAUCGCGGAUGAAGAUUCGUGACGUCGAAGCGAGAAAAUUGUCGGAAGAUUGCGCGAGGCCUAAGACAAGUUCCAGAGUUGAAGUUGGUAGAAAUGGAAGUCGAAACGAAGCUAAGACAAAUUCGGGAAGAGAAAGAUCUGCCGCAGGAUGCUCCAAGGAUUUUGUGCCUGAAAUUCGAUCGCAGGAAUUGCUCACCCGUUUCAGGGAUUACUUCCCUCCUCAUCAGCUGCAACGGUACGAGGUGUGUCGGUCGAAGAGGAAUGGUCUUCAGGAUCAGUGUCAACUGCCCAUUCCGAGGGCUGUGAUCGAAUUGAAGAGGAAAGAAAUGCUUUCCCGUGAUUCGAAACCGAACUCGGAUAGCCCCGAAUUGACCCAACCAAUGAUUCUGGUUUGCAGUGACCAUAAAUCGAUUGCUAAUUGCGAUAAUAGUUUGAAAGAAUACGUAGAAUCAGUUUGCGGUUGAAAUUAUUAUAUUAACCAGAUUGCAUUUUCUAAAUGACUUAUUUCAUUCGUUCCUUUUUUUUUAAUGAUUGAAUAUGCAAAUAUCUGUAGACCGAUGAUAACAUUGUACUAAGAUUUU